GGCCAUUUCUGGUCGUGUUCACUGUCUGGAACAUGGUCAUGAGGCGCCGCGCGUUCCAAGCCGCCAGCUCUUUCCCUCGGAGACGAAAUCCUAGCACGGUCGCGAAAUUCUCUUCCUCCGCUGCAGUCAGGGAAAGCUCACCCGCGAAUCUGACUCUUUCGGAGAAGUUAAAGAGCGCAGAAGCAUCGACUUCGAGACCCCUUGUUCGCGCUUCAGAGGAAACGAUUCGGCGCACAAAACUCGAGGCCGCCAGUGUACUUCGUAAAGUACAGGACACGAUUUCCGCGUCCACAACCACGGAGAAGAACAGCGGUUUCAAACCGGAGAACUGGAAGGAUGAUUGGGGAACGGAUAAGCUAGCUCCGUCUAAGAAGGACACGAAGUCUUCGUCAAAACUUGCUUCACGGCCACCUCCUCCUCACUUUAAGCCUCCCAAGAAAGGGAAGAAGAAGAACCCCUCCGUAUCAUAUCCGAGGAAAAUUGAAGGGUUGAUCGAACCUCAAGUCGAGCCUGUAUUACAGGACGUCCCUCCGACCUCCGAGCACAAACCAGUAGCGACGCUGAAACAUGGACUCGAGCGUGUUUUGUUCAAUCCCGGUGUGCAUUGGCUGCGAGAUCCUCGGUCGCGAGUCUACAACUUGACGCCCUACUUGGAGGAGAUACCCGACGUGACUGACUUCGCCUUCGAAAGACUCCCGCCUUUUAUCAAGAGCUCUCGAGAUGAGGAUCUAUACAACCUUGCCAAACGCGAGGGACGCAUGUUCGCUGGCUCGACGUCGUCGCUAUCUGGGAUGCUUUGUCACGCUUAUUUUCUGUUGUCGGAGCACAAACACGUGGACACGAGUUCACUGAGUCAUAGAUUCAUUAGAGAAGAAAAAGAUUUCACGCCGGGGCAGCGGAUGGCCUCCACCGUCAUGUUCAACUACAACGACGGUGUGUAUUCCAUCGAUUCUCAGUCGGAGGAUGAUGGGAAGAACAUUUUGACCUGGCUGGGAACACUUCUCGAAAAGUUCCUUACAAUGUCAAAGGAGGAAUUCGGCACAUAUCUUCGCUCUUCCCCGACGCCUGCUCUUCCAGAUGAUGGCAUCCGGGAGGCAUACCGGUAUGCCAGCUCUGAGAAGUUUGUCAUGCGUUCCCAACUGGAUGGGGUGGACAAACGCCUUCCGGGGACCGGUGUGUUCGAUAUCAAGACGCGUGCAUCUGUUUCCAUUCGCAUGGAUCGAUUGAACUUCCAGGAAGGGUCAGGGUACAUGAUCAAGAGCGCUCAAGGCUUGUAUGAAAGUUUCGAACGCGAAUACUACGACCUCAUCCGCUCCGCCUUUCUGAAAUACGGCUUCCAAGUCCGGAUCGGGAACAUGGAUGGGGUCAUCGUCGCCUACCACAACACCAAGCGGUUGUUCGGAUUCCAAUAUGUCUCACUGGACGAGAUGGACCAGCGGCUGUUCUCCCCCGAAGCUGGCACAGGAGACCAAGUCUUCCAGAAAUGCGUGGGUCUUCUAGAAGGCAUCGCGCCUGAAAUCGUCAAUUGCUUCCCGAAACAAUCUGUCAUUGCUACUUGGGAAUGCCCUGAGGACUCGCGGGAACUCUAUGUAUUCGUCACACCCGCCAAUUUCACGCCCACAGACAAAGAACCCAACCCUCCCAUGCGCAAGCUCAUCAUCCGAGCCCAGAACUUCCUCGACGACUCUCCGGUGAACGGCAGCCGUGCGAUUGCGAAAUGUCACAUCUUGCCAUGGACGGUGCAUUGGGCACUGACGCACUCGAGUGAAGAUCCUAGUGACAUCGCGGACAGCUAUAGAGCCGUCAUGGACCGGAAAUUCCGCGCCAAUCUCAUCCCGACCGGUGUCAGCAUGGAGGAGCUUCCCCAGUUCUGGGCCAGUCUCAACUUCGACAACGGUCCACCCGAGCCGGUGCAGUCUCCGGAGGAGUUUGACUUCGCCAAGUUCCGUGCACCCGGCGGCUCAAUCGAGGCCCUGCGGCAACUUUCUCGUGAUGGGAAAAUGCACCUGAAAGCAUUGCAGCAGCAGGACGAAGGGAGGAACAAGGUUGUUCUCGGGGAGCCGUUUGACAUCACCGAUUCGGAAGUCGAGAGCUAUCAGGCGAAGGAAGAGCGUGGGCCGUCCUCUUGGACGGCCGAGGAGGAAUCGGCUGCUUUUGAGUCGAAGGAAUCAGCCGAGACCAAAAAUGAGGGCAAGCCUUGAUUGCAUGUGCAGUCUUAUUGUCGGUCUUAAGUACGUACCCACUUAUAAUCCCUUUAUCGCAUCUCUGUAGCAUAAUAUCGUACAUAUGUAUCAAUUUACCCCCGCUGUCCCAGGUCCCGUUCAGAUCAAACAUUUACUUAUUUGGUUUCCUCGUCACUUACUGACAACUUCCGCCAUGGCUUCACGCAACUCAACACAAAUAACGCCGUCAGUCUCAGCCAACGGACUCGUCCCCCAGAAUCUGCUCGCGCUCGCCGACCCCCCAGCCCGUCAAGUCGACGGCGCAGUCAUGGACUACUUCAUGAUCGAGCUCGUGAACGCGCUGCGCGCCUCUGCUGCCGUUGCGACCGAACGCUCCAAGAAGAUCGAGGCGGAGAUGGUCGAGGCCGGCCUCAUACCACCCGCGCUCUCCGGGCCGACCCCGCAUUCGCUGAAGCGAGACGCAACGGCGCGCGACUCGGUCACGAGUGUGAACUCGCGAGCGAGCACCAGCGGACGUGUAUCCGGGGCGGACGAGGGCGAGGAGGCCGUGCGUCAGCGGCUCGAGGCUAUCGGGAUCCAUGUCGGCGCGAACUUCACCGAGAGGUUGUGUCGGGACCGCCCGUUAUUCGGAGAAACACUGGACGCGAUCAAAUUUAUCUGCAAAGACAUCUGGGCAGCAUGUUGGGACAAGCAGGUCGACAAUCUGCGCACGAAUCAUCGCGGUGUAUACGUUCUACAGGAUAAUAGCUUCAAGCCGGUGACCCGCAUCUCGUCAUGGGAGGGGCGUGCGGAUGCGAUACGGCGAGCGAAAUUGUAUGUGACACUACCUGCCGGGAUAAUACGCGGUGCACUGUCAAGACUGGGUUACCAGACGACUGUGUCUCCCGAGAUCACUUCACUACCUCAAUGUGGUGCACAGUUCACAGAGCCGCAGACGUGAUCUGACCAGCCUGCAGGUACUUUCCAGGUGAAGUUGCCCAAAGGGGCAUGAGACGAUGAAGAGGACAUUCUAUUGUAAAUAAGCACAGAAUAAGAAUAUAAUAUCUCAACUAGCUCGCUGAUGCGGUAUAAAAAGAUAGCAGUUAGGUAUAGAUAGGACGAAGGAAUCAGACCGCGAUGGGCAUCGUUUUGGGCAGGGCCAGGAUAUCGACGGAUGCGGAAGGAAUGGCGAUCAAGCACGGCGACGGCUGAUCGGUCGGGGGCGGCGUCUGAUCGUCGAGGGGCGGCGACUGAUCGAAGGGGGCCGCCACAAGAUUGACCAUCGGUUUGGGCACGACAGUGUUGACGCUCUCUGGUGGGAUGGCGAUCAGACACACGGGUGGUUGAGCUGCGGGUGCUGCAAUCAGGACAUGGAUGCCAGUAGCCGGGUUGGGCUCGACUGUGGGGAGUGGGUGCUCCCGGAAGAGGGAGCGCGCUUCCAAUUCGGGAUCCGCCUCGAUGAAGCGGACGACGUCGGCGUCCUCUGCCCCAGGCUGGAUCCAGAGGGCGUAGAUCCCCAAUUGCUUUGCCUGCUGCACGACUUGGAGAGUGGCCUGAUUAUCAUCAUCAAUCAGUUUGGGAUGUAAGAUCGUGCGGUGAUUGGGACCGACCUUGGGUGGGAUCACAAUGCAGAUGCUGGUGUUGGUCGGAUCCGGCAGGUCUGCCAGGGACUUGAGACAAGGGAUACCCUGGCUGUGAGAAUCCGUGAUGUUGAUCGGCACAACGUCUCGGUGCACUUUGAUAAGAUAUUGGAGAGCCUGCAGAUGAGUCGAGUCAGCUGUCGGUCAACCCCAUACUUGCAAGCCGC